AGUGGCGGGGGCCCGGGGUGGGGCUGGGGGCGGUGCGGCGGGGCCGGGGCUGCCGCUGGCGGCGGAGCACACGGAGCACACGGCGGCGGGGUCCGCAUCAUGGGCUGCGGCUGCUGGCGGCUGCUGGGCGUCGUGUGGCCGCUGCUCCUGCACCUCGCUGCGAGCCAGGAGCCCGUCAGCAUGGCAUGGCAGUGUGACACCAUCUACAAGGGCUUUGCCAGCUGCCUCAUCAGCCUGGGGGACAGCAUGGCCGAGAGUGUCAGGCAGCAGAGGGAGGAGGGCGGCGAGGAGGCGCAGGAGCUGGACACCAUCUGCAAGUCCUGGGACGACUUCCAUGCCUGCGCCACCGAGGUGCUGUCGAACUGCCCCGAGGAAGCGGCCGCCAUCUGGGAAUCACUGCGCCAGGAAUCCCGCAAGAUCCAGUUCCAGGGGAACCUGCAGGAGCUGUGCAGUGCCCGGGGACGCCUGGCCAGCGCCCGCGGCUCGCCGGCUGCCGAAACCAACCAGGCCACGCUGCGCGGCUCAGCCACCCCCCCGCGGCCCCGGCUGCUGGCCCUGCUGGCCCUGCCGCUGCUGCUGCCGCGGCUCUAGCCCUGCCCGCCCGCGGGGUGCCCGGCCGAUGCCCCGUGGUCCCCAGGCACUGGCGCCCAUGGUCCCCACCGAGCCCACUGGGCAUCCCUGGCAGGGCACGGUCCCCUCCUGGAGCCCUUCAGAUGGAUUUAUAUUUAUAUUAAAAGACACUUUUACAUUU